UUUACAUGUAUAACAAUUACAACUUUUAACCUAGCCGCAUUCCAAUUUGAAUUCACGGCAUCGGUUUAUUUUUUGAGAGAGAGUGAGAGAGAGAGGCAGCCGAGAAAGAGAGAUAGAGGAGAAAGAGCAUCUGGUCCAUUUUUGAGAGAGAGGAGAGCAUUCACGUCUUGCAUACACCGAAGGAGGGCUUGCACGAUUUUUUCAACUUGAAGGCAUAUACCAUGGCUUCUUCUUCAAACGAAAUGGGUUAUCGGAGGCCCGAAACAAUAAAUCGCCCCGGGACGCAGAUCAGUUCUUACUACAAGACCAGUUAUUUGUCCCUUGUACCCGAGCAACUGAGGGAAAUUGGGGGCGACGCACUGGAGACCACGUUCAGGCAGGGUUGCUUUGGACAUUUGUUGGAUUGGGAUCCGGGCAACAGGUGCAACAUGGCAUUGCACCAUAUUGUCUCUCGUUCUUUGCUGGAUAGUGACGAUGUGAUGUGGUUCUACAUCAACGGCAGGAAGGUUUGCCUUGAUCACGCCGCAUUCGCUCUUGUGACCGGAUUGCCAUUUGGGCCACAUCGUUUCGAUCCAACAGCAACCCACAAUUUGAAGAAUUGUGUAGCCUACACACGAGUUUGUGGCGGGCAGCGCUUGUCAGUUCAGGAGUUGGCAAACAUUUUUUUUGAGAGGUGGACGGAGAUUGUCGACCCCGACGGCUCGAUAGCACUGCGUGUGGCCCACCUGUUGGUGCUACACGCAUUUGUUUUGGGCGUGGAUUUGCCACGACCCGUGGAGAUCUGGACGUGGGCUUUGGUGGAGGACUUGUCGGAGUCAGAUUUUACAAGUUCUGCACUGAGCUUCUGUUUAACGACGACUUUUUACAAGUUCUGCACUGAGCUUCUGUUUUGCCUCCGGAGUCAGAUUUUCAUCGCUCUCUUGUGCGGCCGCAAGCCUGUCGUUGAACCACUGCUCGACAACUAA